AUGGGUAUAAGUUGCCUAAAAUUAAAGCAAGAAAAUUAUCCGUCUAAAAUUGAAGUAAUUGCAGGAGAAAACAAAUUUUACCUCCGCUCAGUCCCAGAUUCAUUUUUAUCUCUUGAUACCAUGAUAAACUGUAAGGCUAGCAAGUAUUGUCCUCAGACAGAUCCUUUGAACUAUUAUUCCAUCACCUAUGUGAAUGAGAAAGUUGGCUUUCAUUUAAAACUACUCGACGAUAAAUCUUAUCGUGCCGCCGCAAGAUCUGCUAAAGGUGAAACUCUCAAAAUAAAAAUAGAGCCUUCAAGCUAUCGAAACAUGAUCUAUUUUUCUAUCAAAAAAACAGGAAUUUUUAAUUUCGACUCCCUUCUUUCACUUAUUUUGCCAAAAGUGUCAGAAUUAGAAGAAAACGUCGCAUCGCUACUUCAAUCCUACGAUGCAAUUAUGAAGUUCUCCAGGUGCUUCUGUGUCAGGUGCAGCUGCCCUACUUUUCAAAUGUCAGUGACCGUUCUUUUACUAGCAAUUUUAUCUGAUUGCAGAAGCAAAGGCUGCGCUUAUAAUUUUUUGUCCCGAUUUCCCUUUAUUGAAUUCAAUACGGAUAGUUUAGGUUCAGAAGGGAAAGAGGCAGCAAGAUACUGGAAUGAUAUGAUUUGCCACUUAGAAAAAGUGCUUCCUGCAAUGAAUGAAGUCUGCGAAACUUUUAAAAGAAUGCAAAAAAUGAUUCAAUUUGAGGUUGAGAAUUUUCAAAAAAAUAAAGAAAUUGAUUUGAGUGUUUUGCUUGAAAAUUCAAAAAGCAUGUCACAGUGCGCACUUAUAGGGAAGCCUUUAGAAAGGAAAAUAAAAAGUAUUUAUAAAGAUAUUGAAGAAGCUUCAGUUACCCUACAGAAUCCACAAGAUCAAAAAAUACUUGAGGAAGUAUCAAAAAUGAUCAAGCUUUCAAAAGCAAACGACGCGUGCUCUGCAAUAGGAUUAUUCGGCCUUAGAGGUAGUUUAAGAGUUAAUGUAUAA